AUGUUUAUANCUGAAAUACUCUAUGAUUACUAUUAUUGUCUUUUUCAAGAUACAGAAUUAAUUUUAUAUUAUGAUGAUAAUUAAAUUUUCGAAUAUUGUUCCACUUCUUAAGAAGGUAAACGAGAAAACUUGAAUCUUUAUGGAUGCACUCAACUCUUAGAUUCUACUUAUUAUUUUGAUUUAGAACAGUUUAAAUGUUACAAAGAUAUAACAGAACCUUAUAUUCAGAUAUUUUUAUGUCAUUAAAUGAAUGAAUUGGCAUGUUUAUAAAUAUAAAAUCAUUUAUCUUGUGUAUGGUUUAAUUAGAAAUGCCAUAAAUAUAAGAAUGAAUUUAUAAAUGUACCUUGUUAGAAUAGAAAUUAUAAUUCAUGUCUAAAAUCAUAGACUUAAAAAUGUAUAUGGAAUUAAGAUAUUCUUUAAUGUAAAGAUAGUGAAUGUUAAAAUAAUUAAUGUGAAUAUAGUGAAUACUAUUGUCAAUCUAUAAAUAAAUUAUGGAAUGGCAAUAAUUGUUAUGAAUAUAAUAAAGAUUUACCAAUUUCAUUUUUCAGAUGUGAUUAAUUAGGCUUAAAUAAAGAUUUAUGUUUAAAUUAUACUUAAAGUUUAACUUGUUAUUGGAAUGGAUACUACUGUUAAGAAGCAAAUCUUUAUAUACUUAAUUGUUAGGAUGAAGUAUCAUAAUAAACUUGUAUUUAAAUUAAAAAACCAAAAUAAAUUUGUAAAUGGAUUGACCAAAAAUGUCAAAAUUUAUAUCAAUCAAAUUAAUGCAAUGAUUUCUCUAAUCUAUAAUAUUGUAGAUAAGCACUUAUUAGUUGUUAAUUCAAUUUAUCACUACAAAAAUGUGAAUAAAAAUUAGAUAACCCUUAUAUAUGUUCUAACACAUUAAGUUAUAAAGCUUGCUAAAAUGUUGAAUAAGAAUAUUGUCAAUUUGAUGGCUAUUGUAAUAUAUGGUAUAGGACAAGAUAUUCUUGUGAAAACAUAGUAAACUAUUGGGGUUGUAUGAAUACAUCAAUGUAUUGUAAAUGGACAGGUUAGUGUGUAAAUAUAGAUAACACCUUUGAACCAGUAGCAUGCCAUAAAAUUCCUAUUGAAGUAAUUUAUUGAGAUCUAAUAAUAGUUUAAUAAAGUAUCAUGUAAAAAAUACUCCAUUGAACCAUGUUUAUAUAAUGAAAUAAAUAAGAAAUGUGAUAUGAAAUUGACUAGUUCAUUUGAAAGUUCAACCAAUAUAGAUUAGACUAAUUAUACACAAAUUAGAUUGAUAUAUGAAUGCACUUAAUUUAUUGAUAAAGAAGAUUGUGUUGGUAGUAGAAUCGGUUAUUGUGAAUGGUAAGACAAUAGAUGUUUAAAUUGUGAAUUUAAUUAAAGUUGCAAGAUUGAUAAUUGUGAACAUAAAAGUAUUAAAUAAUGUAUGAUAAUGCAUUAAUUAUUAUGUGCAUGGAGGAAUGAUAAAUGUAUAGAUUGGAUAUUUGAUUAAAAGAAUUUUACUCAAUCUUUAAUUACUUAGAAGUGUUGUAAAUCAAUGAAUUCAACAGUAAAAUAUGUAGAAUCUAUUCAAUCAUGUAUUUAAAUUGAUAUAUUAACAGAUGAAUGCAAUACUUUUGGAUUAUCAAAAAUAGUAAAUAUAUUAUAAAUUAUUAUAGGCAUGUUUAUCAUUAGUCAAUAAAUAAUGUACUUAUAAAGACGAUAAAUGUAUAGAUUAUAUUUUUUAAUAUAAAUCAAAAUGCCAUGAAUACUAUGAUGUGAACUAAUAAGUUUGUUAGUAAUUACCUCAUUUAAGUUGUAAAUAUGAUGCAUUACAUAAUAAAUGCAUAGAUGUUGAUUAUUCUAAAGACUAAUGCAUUAGUUUAGGCUUAUCAAAGAUGGGAUGCUCUAAUAUAAUUUAAAUGCCUUGUUAUUGGAAUAUUCAAAAUUAAUAGUGCUCCAAUUUUUAAUUGUAAAUGCACAUUAAUCAAUGUGAUAAUUAAACUGUUACAAAUAGUUAUACUUGUCGAUUGUUGAAUUAUCAUUAAGAUGUCUGUUCAUAUAAUGUCAAUAAUAGAACAUGCUAAUAAUAAUUCAAUCAAUUGGCAAAGUGCUCUCAACCAGGAUUGAACAGAUUGGCAUGUUUAAGAUUAAUUAAUUAACCUUGUUAAUAUUUGAACAAUUAAUGUUAAAAGAUUAAAUCCUUAAAUAGUAAUUGCAAUGAACUAAGAGAUGUAAAUGAAUUAACAUGUAAAAUGAACACUAAUGAUCAUUGUAUUUAUGAUCCAGUUGUUGGAAAUUGUCAACAUUCUUUAUAAUAAUUACCAUGUAAUUACAAAGGAUUAAAUAUCAAUAAUUGUAAUCGAUAGAAAGGAUGUAAAUGGAUACAUGAUAUUUAGUAAUGUGUUUGUAAAAGUUAAUAAAUAAAUUCAUAUUGUGAUAUGAAUGAGAAUGAAUGUAAAAACAAUUGCAUUUAUGAGCAAGAACUAUAAAUUUGCAGACCAAAAAAAUGUUUUGAUUUAAUUAAUUGUUAAGGAUUAAUGAAUGAUGAAUAUUGUUAUUAAGAUUAAACUUAAAAAUGUUAAGGAGCUAAAAAGUGUGAAGAUAUUGUUAAUUUAAAUGAUAGUUAAAAUUGCUCAGAUUUUAUGUUUGAUAAAUCAAAUUGCAUAUAAAUUUAAAACUAUUGUGUAAGUGCAAAUAAUCUGUAAUAGAUCUGUCUUAAUAGUGAUUGUUCUAAUACAUCAUGUAAAUAUGAUAAUUUUACUUGUCGUCCUUUAAUAUGUUCAGAUUAUUAAGAAGAAGAAUAAUGUUAAUAAAUAUCUAAUUGUGUUUAUAUAAAUGGAAUAUGUAAGUAUAUAUAAACAUGUUCAGAAAUUGAUGAUUAAUCUAUUUGUUUAAAAACAAAAGUAAAUGAAAAAUAAUGUUCUUGGGAAAUUUAUGAAAUAUAUUAAAUUGCAUAUCAUUGUACAAAUCAUUAGUGUAAUCUGUAUAGUAAUUCACCUAAUUUAUGUAAUGGUAAUGAGAUUAAUUAAUAAUCUUGUUAUAUGAAUGAAUUUUAGAUUUGUUAGAGUUGUGAAGAUAUUACAGAUCCAUGUUUAUGUUCAGCUGGUUGUAUUUAUUCAAAUGGAAAAUGUAAAUCAAAAUUAUGUUAAAAUUUUAUUUAAGAAAAGGAUUGUUAAAACUCUAAAAAUUGUUAUUGGAGUAUUCAAGAUAAAUUAUGUAGAAAAUUUUGCAAAUUUUUAAUUUUGGAAGAAGAUUGUCUAAUGUUAGAUUAUGAAUGUCAUUGGAAUCCUUAUUAAUAUAAAUGUGAAGAUGGAAUUUAAAUAGAAAUCAAUUUAAGUGUUACACUUAAUUAGUUUGACAAGUACACUCAACCUAUUUUCUAAUUCAUUCUAAUUUUAGUAUUUUUUUAAUGA